AUGAGGUCAUUCAAGAAGGUCUCCUCAGGCUCAGCAGGGGCGAGUAAAGGUGGAGAGGAGCCCGGGAAGUUGCCGGAGCAGGAAGAAGAGGAAGAAUCCCAGGUUUUGCACGGAACCGGCCAUUGCAAAUGGUUCAAUGUGAGAAUGGGAUUCGGGUUCAUCUCCAUGAGCAACCGAGAGGGAAGCCCCUUGGAGUCCCCAGUUGAUGUCUUUGUACACCAAAGCAAGCUUUACAUGGAAGGAUUUAGAAGCCUAAAAGAAGGAGAACCAGUGGAAUUUACUUUUAAGAAAUCUUCCAAAGGCCUUGAAUCAAUACGGGUAACAGGCCCUGGUGGGAGCCCCUGUUUAGGAAGUGAAAGACGACCCAAAGGGAAGACAGUACAAAAAAGAAAACCAAAGGGAGAUAGAUGCUACAACUGUGGUGGCCUUGAUCACCACGCUAAAGAAUGCAGCCUACCUCCACAGCCAAAGAAGUGCCAUUACUGUCAGAGCAUCAUGCACAUGGUGGCUAACUGCCCCCACAAAACUGUUUCGCAACAGCCCACUAGUUCUCAGGGAAGACAUGAAGCUGAACCACAGCCUUCCACUUCUGCUUUCCUGAGAGAAGGGGGAGGAACGUACGGCUAUUCGUCUCCAUCAUAUUCUCAGGAGGGAAGGUCAGAGAUCUCAGAGCGUUCAGGCAGGUCACCACAAGAAGCUUCUUCAAGUAAGUUAUCUGCAUCACCCGAAGAACCAAGCAGAAAGGGGCCUUCUGUUCAGAAAAGGAAAAAAACUUAA